AGUUUCAGGUUAUGUUUAAAUAAUUAACAAUUAACAGCAUAAAACUAUUAUAGAAAUAGAUAUUAUGUUUAAAAAAAAGUGCAAAAUUCAAAAUUUAAAAUCUAUUAACUUAAUUGUUUAAAUCUUCCUUCUGCUACAUUAUAAUUAGAAUAUUUGAAGUUGAAACGGUUAUGUGAAUAAUUUGAAGUAAAAAGACAACGCGCCACAAUACAGAUGGCAGCAUAGUAGUUCAUGUUAAGUACGCUUGUUUGGAAGUUUCGCUUUAGCAGUGAAUUUCAGUACCACGAUAAUGGAAGAAGAAGAAAUCGCCGACCCGCUAGAUAUAAACAAGGAUGCUGCACUAAUAAAAGAGGCUCAGAAUGAUAUUGGAAAACUUGAUGUUCUUGUUUGUGGAAAAUGUCACGAGGUGUUUCAUUAUAUUGAAGAAUUCCAAGAUCAUCAUGAUAAAUGCGAUGAAGUAUCUUUUAUAAGAGAUAAUUACAAGUAUGAACCCAAGACACAAGUGUGGGCCUUUAUGUUAUGGAAAAAUGCUCAGUUUCGUAAAAGUAAAGAGAGUGCAAGGUACAGACCAAAUUCAACUUCAUGGGCUGUUUAUCAAAAGUGGUGCAAACUUGAUUUGGAACAGAAAAAGGCUUGGAUUAAAGCUGCAGAUUUCAUUCAAAAUAAUACAAAGAUAGCUACUGCAAGAUUGCAAGAAAUAAGAACAAAACCUUUAUUUGCUGAUAAAAAGAAAAUAAUUAAACCUGCAAUUUCUGUUGGCUCAACUCCGAAAAAGGAAGAUCCUUUAGAGGAAGGUGAGAUACGUCUUAAAGUUCCGCCUAAAAUCAAAUCUAAUGAGCGAGAUCCAUUGGAAGGUGUUGAUAUAAGAGCUUCUGAAUCUGAUUUAGAUACAGAGGAAGAAGUAGAAAGAGAAUUGGCGAGGAUUCAUGGAGAAACAGAAGUGCCCAAGACCGAUAAGAAAGCUUUCAAACCCGUUCAGUUAAACAGUGAUGUAACAAUUUUACCCAGCACAAGGUCCUUAAAAAAGGCCCUUAGAACAAAUGCAAAUACACAAGAGAAACCUGAAGAAUAUGUCGUUGAAAAAAUUUUAAGCAAAAGAUUCAAUCCACGCAGAAGGACGUUUGAAUAUUUCAUAAAAUGGGAAAACUUUGACAGUUCGCAAAAUACUUGGGAGCCUGCUUCCCAUCUUGACAGUUGUAAAGCUAUGGUCGAGGAAUUCGAAGAAAAUUUGCGAAAACAAAAGGCUGCUAAAGCUGCAAAAGCAGCAUUAGAAAGAAAAAGUUCAUUUAUGGAAACGUUUGAAAGAACACCUGGAGGCCGUCCUCAAAGAACAAGCAAGCAAAAAGCUUUGAAGCAGGUAAAAUCAUGGUGUGGAGACAUAUCUGAGGGUGAUGAAGGUUCACUCAAACGAAAAUCUUUUAGUGAUGACGACUCAACUGAUUCAUUUGAAAAAAGGAUGAAAAUGGAAGAAGAAACAGACACAUCUGAAGAUGAAAGGCCUGUUGUAACUAUUAGAAAAGUGCAAUCGAAAUCACCUGGUUCAAUUAAUGGAGUCGCUAAGAAACCCGAAACAACUAUUAUACCAGAAACAAAAAUAAUUCGGUUAAGUGAAAAACAAUUACCAGGUCUUAGUUCAGGUGUAUAUGUCAUGUCAAAAACAGAAGGAAUAAUAAAAUUAGAUUCAGCUACGCCAGGAAAAGGCGGAACGGUUAUGAAAGUAACACCUAAAAUUGGUCAAACAAGAAUUAAAGUUGUUAAAAAAGAUGAUGGAAGUACUAGUAAUAUAGUCAAAGUAACACCAAGUAUGGUUCAAAAGAUUAAUCGUAACAUUGUAAAACGGGAAAUCACGAUACCAGUAAAACCAUCAGGCCAAUCGGGAAAAGGGGGAAUCACAGUCUCUACGAUAAAGAGAGGAGAAGGAGGUAUCAAAAUGAAUAUUAUCGAAAAACCAAAAGUAGAAAAAAUUGUAGAAUCAGAAGAAGAAUCAGAUGGUUUAGAAGAGCUUGAAUUUCCCACAGAUCUUCCUUUACCAGAACCUGAUAGUCCUCCAGGUGAAUUCACGUUGGAUCCGUCGACUGGAAAGUUAUUGGGACAAAAAACUCCUUCACCACCUCCUGAACCAGAACCAGAACCUGAACCCAAUGUACAGAUGUUAUCUUCAGAAACCGAUGCCACUUCUGACAGUCCUAGUUUAGAUAAUUUAGUGAAACUAGCCGCAGCCGACUUAACCGAAGAAGAUCUUAAACCAGUUGAUAACUCUCACACCUCGGGAACUGGCACAUCGUCUCUUGCUUCUGCCACAGUCGUUCUAGAUGACUCUCUUAAUUUAGAGAACACUAACCUCACAAGUGGCGAAUCACUUAUUUCCUCUGAUACAUCAAAAUUAAUGGAUUCGUCGAACACCUUAUCUUCGGUGCCAGCAACAUCGUCUGAAUCUUCAAUCGAAACUAUGCCACUAUCUGUCAAGGAGAAUGCUUUAAAAGCACCUAAAUCGCAAAUAUACUCUAUUGUUCCGAAUUCGGGCUCCAGUUCAUCUAUACUGAGUACCGCCCUAAAAAAUUCCAACAUUAAGGAAAGUCAGCCGGUUGCCCCUGGACAAAAAAGGCUUAUUAAUACACCACACACAAUUCGUCAGAAAGUGAACGUUCCAAUGUCACAUCAGCAACAACAACCGCAACGAAUGUCUUAUAUUAGUCGCGUUUCUCAAAAGCCUGCUUCUACCCCCACAUAUAUACAGAAAGUGACACCAGGACGACCCCCUGCGGGAGGUCGUGGUGGUAGAACUUAUAUUCAGAAGACCCCUGCAGCAUCAUCGUCUCACGAACCAUUUUUAAAAAGAUCCGCGAACGUAAACACUUAUCGGAACACGACAAGAGGAAAUGCGAGUGUUGCCAGGAAAAUUGGCCAUACAACUAUUUAUAGGACAACGCCCGUAACUCAAAAUGUGGCACAAACGCUCGUUCCAGCAUCGUCAUCCACGAUAAAAUCAGAAGAGACGAUAAUUUUGAAUGCCGAUUUAAGUGAAGAAGACAUAGCAAUAGAACCACAAGUCAUCCAACAGCAGCAACAACAAAUACCACAACAACAGCAACAGCAGCAAGGAACGGUAAUUAGCAUGCCCUUAUUAACUGACGAAGAGUCAAAUCAGUCUGAACUAACGGCUGUAACGACCACCGAAAAUGCCACCGCGUUGGUAACAGCUUCUACUGAUGAAACGGCAACUCUGAUGGAUGUUUCAGGUUUUGCACUUGCCGAGGGUGAAACUCCUAUAUUUAUAACGGGUGAAGAUGGUACAAUUUAUCAAGUGGCUGGGCAAAACGAAGAUGGGCAGACAGUGCUGAUUACGCAAGGCCCAGACGGACAGCAACAAUGCGUGCUUGUGGCAACAGACGGUUUAACAGAAGAAACGCAAUCAGUGCAAGUUACGGAAGUUACCGAGGAUGAAACGACGGACGUGAAUAGCCAGCUCGUUGUCAACACGGAUGACACGCAGAUAGAAGGGAUUGAUAACGGGGAGGAGUCGCAGGUUGUGGCGCAAAUUGUAAAGGCCGAUCCUCCUAGUCCAGGUGGAACAAGAAAAGUUGUUCUUAUGCUCCCUGAUGGCAAUCUGAUGAUGACUGAUGUUACAGCAGAGCAGUACGCUGCAUUAGAAUUAGAUAAAUAAACAUUUUGUCAUAAAAUGUAACAUUCAAAUUGUGUUUUUUCCUUAUUUUGUCGUGUUUUGUAUUUAUAAUUCACAUAAUAUUUAGGGUAUGUGUAACGCGCAAAACAACAAGGUAUUGCUGCUAAUGGCGAUAUGUUAUUGAUUUUGUUAGAUGAUCCCUUUUCCAUUAAUGUAUAAAUUGUAUUACAAAAUAUAAAAGGUAUCUGUAGGUAUCUUUAGUUUGAUAAUUUUUCUACAUAGGUAGAAUAAAAUAAAAGUUGAACAUUU